GUACAUGUUGAUCUACACUAUAUAUGUGCGUAACGCUGCGUACCCACAUAUAUAUAUGUAUAAAUCUCUCCACAUGAAUGAAUGAAUUUGAAGCACUUGGGUUACGCUUGGAUGAGGCUGAACCACAUUGAUUUGUGUUUGGAGAUGUUUAGAUGGACGUUUUGUAGUCACGGCUCCUCAUUUCACCCACUUGAACUUUCGACUCUGACAAUUCGUCCAGGGGGAAAAUACCACUCGACUCAUUAGCCGUACAAAUUAUGCAAAAAGCUUUUCCACAAUGACCGGCAUGAUCUUUCAAUCCUCUAGACACUCUUUUUUAAAUCGCACUUCUUUCUCGAGGCUUUCAAAAGGUCAAGGAGAAGAUCACAGAAGAUAGCUGAUGAUCAGGCAGCAUUUUUCUUUUUUUAAUCUUUUUACCGUCUCAUCGAGUCACACAAGUGUUAUUAUGCAGAAGGAACGUGGUGAACUUUCACCAGACUCCUCUUUAAUUGGCAGAUGUUUUUAUCCAACCUGCAAAUGAGGACAAACCCGAUCCAAAACCAAAUGUCUGGAAUGUUUCCUUUACCCAGAAUGCAACCUGGUAGCCUUUCAACCCAGAAUGUGUUGCAUUUUAAUGUCUCCACCGGAGCUACGACGCUCAACACUUCCACCAGUUCCUGGGUUGCAAAGAAGUUUCCAUGCAGGAGAAAUGAUACCAAUUGGUUCCUUUUAGAAUAAACAAACACCUAAAGAACAUUCCAGAGUGUUAGUUAAAGGUCUUCCUCGUCCCUGAACCGUGGCUCUCUGGAAGUCCCGGGAUUUGGACCGUCUGCUUCCUAGCAGAGAAUCUUUACUGCUGAUCAAUUCGAUCAUGUUAAUGCACACAAAUCUGCCAUGAUUGGAUAUCCAGUCAGGUGAGCUAAUCAAGAUUUUCCUUGUCUUAUCAAAAAUGACAAACAAUUCGCAAAGCGAUUAACUGCAAAGCUUCGAGAACGAGGCAAAAAGUCUACAACUCGAACAUCUGAGCGUGAAGUCGCGAAGGAAAAUCUUCAUUAGCUCGUAAGGUCAAAGCUGAAGAACAGAAAUCGAUUUGGUUCAGCCUUUUGCUCUAAAAUAUUAACCUGACAGCUGAUAGGACAGGUCCCAUGUUCGUUACCAGCCCUUUUGUUUGUUUGGUUGUUUGUUUGUUUGUUUGUUUUCUUUAACCACUUCCUGCUAGCAUGAUGCAAAGGGUUCAGGGGGUCACUGAGAACUCAACCUGUUUUGGGGAACGAGAAUGCCAUGCAUGCUUUACUGACAAAUCUAGCUUAAGAUAGAAGACCUUUAAUCCACUGAAUGAGAGUUUGAGCACGUUUCAGCCCUCACAUUGCAGACUAGGCAGAAAUAAACGAACGCGCACUGACACCACACUUCACAUCCCUUCUUCUGAUUCCUUCCAUGUCUGAAACAUUCACCAAAACGAUUCUGAUCUGCUUCUGAGAAGCUCGAUUUCCCAAAAUGCUUGCGCCCCAUUACACUCAUCCUCUGUGCAAACCAUCUGAUUUGAUGAGGACUAGGCUGUAUAGGUGCUUACAGUCUGCCGAUGGGGAUGGGAUGGGGUCACGAUUUGGGGUUGAACCAUCACCAAGCAUGUCGUGGUGUUGAUCACUGUGGUGUUUUUAGUGCUCGAUCCCUUUAAAAGAGGUUUAUACAGGAGACCAUGGCUUGGCGGCUCAGCUUCAGGAAAUGGGGCCGAGUGGACUGACUCUUGGUGGAUGUCUCCUUCAGGCUCUGAAGGACGAAGACGAAGUGGAGACCGGACUCUCGGAGGGUGAAAAGGAAGCCGAGCCUAAGGAGCAAGAAAAACUGGGCAAAUUGCAAUACUCACUGGAUUAUAACUUCACCGAGAACACGCUUAUGGUGGGGAUCAUCCAGGCGGCCGAGCUACCUGCCAUGGACAUGGGGGGGACCUCUGACCCCUACGUGAAGGUCUACCUGCUACCUGAUAAGAAGAAGAAGUUUGAGACCAAAGUGCACAGGAAGACUCUCAACCCCACCUUCAACGAGCAGUUCACCUUCAAGGUUCCGUACACAGAGCUGGGAGGGAAGACGCUGGUGAUGACGGUGUACGAUUUCGACCGUUUCUCCAAACACGAUGCCAUCGGAGACGUUAAAGUGCCAAUGAACAAGGUGGACUUCAGUCAUGUGACCGAGGAGUGGCGGGAUCUCCAGAGCGCAGAGAAGGAGGAACAAGAGAAGCUAGGUGAUAUCUGCUUCUCCCUGCGCUACGUUCCCACCGCCGGAAAGCUCACCGUCGUCGUCCUGGAGGCCAAGAACCUGAAGAAGAUGGAUGUCGGAGGUCUUUCAGACCCGUACGUGAAGAUCCAUCUGAUGCAGAACGGUAAACGUCUGAAAAAGAAAAAGACGACAAUCAAAAAGAACACCCUGAACCCCUACUACAAUGAGUCCUUCAGCUUCGAAGUGCCAUUCGAACAAAUCCAGAAAGUUCAAAUCGUUAUAACUGUUCUGGACUAUGACAAGAUCGGCAAAAACGAUGCCAUCGGUAAAGUUUUCGUAGGGCUGAACAGCUCAGGCACCGAGCUUCGCCAUUGGUCGGAUAUGUUGGCCAACCCUCGGAGACCCAUCGCCCAGUGGCAUGUGCUCAAGCCUGAGGAAGAAGUGGAUGCCCAGCUGUCCACCAAGAAAUAAAGCUCGGCCCCCUUUAGCCAUUAACCCCGCCCCUUUUAGUGGUCCUACCCCAGUGCGUGUACAUACCUCAGUGAUGUAUGGAUCCUUUAAACCAUCUUAAAUCUUCUCCUUCUUGUCUGGCGAUGAAACGCCUCCUUUUAUAAUAGCUGUCGAGGUUUGACCGCCCACUUGCCCCAACACACACACACACACACACACACACACACACUCACAACACACCCCUCACGUUGUGUUUAGCAUUCCUUCCUGUCUUUGCCUGCUGUUUUGACCAUCAUCCAUGACCUUUAACGCCCUUAAACCCUUCUUUUAAGCAAUAUGAUCUGUGUAGAUAGCGCAUGAAUGAAAAAACCGUGUACCACAGGUGUAUAUAUCCGUAUGCAGACAAAAAAUACGAUUUCUAGUUUGUGUUUGUAUGUUGUUACCUGUUUCCUAAUCUGUGUAUAUCUUGAUGUUUUUACUAAGAUAUUCUAUUUUAAAUGAUGUAAAUGCAGAGCCAAUAUUAUAGAGAAUAACAGCAGGAGUUAUCAUAUCUAUCUUAUUGCAUUCCAGUUAAAUAUAUAAACAUAAAUACAUCUAUAUAUUUCAGAUAUAAUGUAUAUUUGAAUAUUAAAUUUCAACCUGCAAGAUGCGAGUUAAGGGGUAUUUGGGAAAAAAUAAAAAAAAAACCUCUUUGGCUUUAAAGAACGAUUAGAAAUCACCGGGAGAAGGAAGAGAACCCCGUAUAGAGCGGAACACUGUAAUAUAAAUGUAGAACAUCUUCAGUAUAUUACACUUUAGUAUGGAAAUAUAGGCCAUUAACUGAUAUGGGUUAAAUAUGCAGGAAGUUCUAUAAGCACAUGAGUUCUUCUACUUUUUUUCUGCUCCUUGUUUUAGCAGCUCCUUAAUUAAUUUCCCCGAAUCCUCGAUCUGAACCUUAAUCCGAAUCUUUUUGUCCUAAAGACCGAGCAUGAUGAAUUCUCUGAGCGUAGCCGUGUACUCCUCAGCGCUUUUCCUUCCCUCCAUUCGUUAAGCUUCGUUAACAGACCGAUUGUGUUCGAUUUGUUAAGACUCUAGCUUUGAAAUUAAUAUUUUUGGUAACUGCAUGUUUUUUUUAAAUUCUACUUUAUUCUACACCGUCGGGCCUUUAGCCGUAAGGAAAAAAAAAACCUAAAGUUCUGCGUUUUCUAAACGAUCUGAUGCUGAUUUCUUUUGAAAAGUCGGUACGAAAUAAUAUAAUACCGACUCUAAGAGACGAGCUUUUAAUAAACACUGCCAUUAUUUUCAGGGAGGUGAGAAACGUACCUGACUUUCUCCUCAUGCACACUUAGCUCCACUUACUGGCUGUAGCUUUUGGUUCUUUGGGAACAAGUAAAACCAUUUCUUUGGCCUUGAAGGUGCAAGAUCCGAGUUUUUCCGUUGCCUCUUUACAGUGACGACAGCCUUAGCCAUGCUUUUACUGCCAAGCUCAAGCUCCUUUACUGAAUGGCUACUGAUUUGCACUGGAGUUCGAGUUCGGAACAACAGAAAGAAACGUUCUGAAUGAUUAUUAACUUUUUAUUAUUUUGUUUUGUAUGAAACUGGAGAAGGUUCUUAGUUCUAAGUAACUUGAAUUAAAAAGCCACAACUUUUAAAUGAAUAGAAGUGUUUAGUGGAUAACAUAUCUAUAAUAAUAAUAAUAAUAAUAAUAAUAAUAAUAAUAAUAAUAAUAAGUAUGAACGUUAAAGGUGUUCAGAGGUGACGUUUCAGUCGGCGAUGUCCUUCAGUAGGAAAACACGAUUUCACAUAAAUUUCGAAAAUAACGAACCGGCCAACAAAAAGGUUAAUGAACCACAUAACGAGCGAAUCCGAUUGACUCGGCAAUCAGGAGGUCGUGACAGGACGUGUAAAUUCUGUACAUAUACAAGUUCACCAUCAAGAAAUCUGUUAAAUCUUCCUCUGUGCGUUCGUCAUCCCCAGAAAAUAAAAAAGAAAGCUCUUUCAUUAUUUUCAGGAUCGACAGGUUUAAGAACGUUAAUUAGAGACACGUUUCUUUCUCAGGCCUUUUUUUUCCUCAUUUAAAAAAAAAACUAACCAUAAAAGUUAAUGGUCCGUACAUAUUAUAGUCCAUAAAGUCCUUUACUACGGGUUUAACGCAACGACACGGACUCACCGUCGCAAAUCUGUAAGAAUUCGUAACAAGACAGAAAAUCAGCUAGAAAAAGUAAAAGUGUGCUGCUACACUAGAAAUAUUGAACCGUGACAACGUGGACUUUUUACGAUGGUCAGUGAUUUAAUGCUUUACGUUAAACUCCUCAACUUUAGAACAAAUUUGUUUUGUCGAGUUUCUAUACAUUUUGCAAAAUCGAAUUUUUUUUUUUGUUUGUUUCAUAAAUCCAAGUUCAGUACGAUUCCCGAUCUACGCAAUUACGAUUUAUAAAUUUACACAAAUUACACGACAAAUUUUUAACACCUCUCGAUGAUCGACUCGGACGUGAAACUGAAACGUUUCGCAUUAUAUUUAUUUUCUUCUAAAAUUGAUCCGUACAAAUUUUUAAGCUAGUUUCUCAUCCCGAAGGUCAAAAAUGUCCUGAUGUCGGAGGGUUAAUUAUUAUAACGUAGCAUUUAAAGAAAAGUGACGUGUGGUUAUCGGGUACGUGAGGUGACGUUAGCGACAGUCACUUACUGAGGUUCCUGAGGAGAAAAAAAACAGCACACUUUAUACAACAGGACUGUUUAAAAAAAACGAAGCUUCUGUUGGAUGAAACCUAAAUUGUUCGAAUUCUUACGAAUUUCGUUCCUGUGAGACGGCGUGUGAUGAGAGGAAAAGCAACAAGCAUCAGUUCAUUACAACCAUUAAAACCUCUUGUCAUGGAGGAACCUCUUACGUAUCCUAGACGCUAGCUUCAGAAGGAGUUUUUAAAUGUUUUCAAUGUUAUCGUGUAGGUGAUGAAAAAAAAAAAAAAGAUAGCAAACGAACGCUCGUUGUCAUUCCAUAGACGUGUCUGAGGACUGCAUUGUGUAUCACUGUGACUGCCGUGUGUGUGCGUGCCGUAGAGGUGUAGACUUUUAUCGAUAACUAUCUGUAGUGUAGUGUGUCGUGCCACCAUUUUGUCCUCGCUACACACCGAGAGGCUCGUUAGUAGAGGCGUAGCGCGAGUGCUUUCGCAGCGAUCCGUCUCUCGAUCCCGUUUUGUUUUUGAGCACUGUGCAAUACUUCUACAUUCAUCCCCAUAGUGUUACGUGGGUGAUGUUGCCCAAGAAAGAAGAUUAGAAAAUAAAAAUAAAAUCAUUUGUAUAUGAUAUAAUCACCACGUCGGUAGGACGCAGCACAUGUAGAUUGUGUGUAUAUAUUCUAUCUGAGCUCAACAUCUAAUGUUAAGGCUUCCUCCCUUUUCUUUUUUUUUCAUUUUUUUUUUCCAAACACACAGAUCCAGCCAUCGAAUUACCACAGAAUUACGCUUCUAUCAAAAAUAUUAGAGUAUAAAUAUAUAUAUAAAUAUAAAUAAAUAAAUAUAUAUUAUAUAUAUAAACCCCCUGUCCCCACCAAAAAUCCAAAAUGUGUGUAUAUAUUUUUAUAUUUGCGUUCACAAACAGUGUAAAACCUGAGAAAUGUAUCGUUAUCUGUUUCGGUAUCGAUCGCUACGAUUCUUGAUUUGGUUCUCAAUGUCGUUUGAUGAUGAUUAUUCUGGUUAUUGUUCCUUUUUAGUGCCCUUUUCUAUUUAAUAUCAAACUCAGAAUGUACAGUUCGGACUGUGUGUGUUUUAUUAUUUGGGACCAACUAUAUAGUCGACACUUUCAGUUCGUUCUUGAUUUCUUUUCGAUUCAAUGUCGCAAUAAAUAUCGAUUCGAUCUCAUCGAGUUACGACACGGCUUAUUAAAGAUAUAUAAUCACCAUGUAAUUAUACGAUGUAACCUCAAUCCUUUAUAUUGUCAAUAUCUAAACGUUUAGGGGGAAAAGUAGGUUUAGGUUUAUGAAAACAGGGUUAUUUCUUUUUUUCCGUUCGUUUCUGAUGCAGCACGCUAAUUUCUACACGAUUAGAUGAAUUAGAUGCAGUAACAGUAAGAGGCGGCAUUGCGGAUUGCACUGUAAAGUAAAAAGUGAUAAAAAGCCAUUUUUAGCCCUGCAAAGCAAUGCUGACUUUUACUGAGGCCUACCAAAGCAUGCAACACACAACACACAACACACACACACACACAACACACAAACACACUGUGGUCUCUUUAACAAACAUUUGUCUGAAUUCUGACAAGCCAGCUCACUGGGUCAAGUUGGAGCUGCAGGUCACCGGCAUACAGUACAGUCACGUCGUUACUUCGGCACUCGCUCGCCUGCCGAGAAGCGACGUUCACUCUCGCACAACAAACUGGUUCACGAAUACAAACUCACACAAAUAUCGCAUUCACAUCCAGUUCAUUCUGAUCUUUAGCUUCUUCACUGGAACUAAACUCCUUAAUGUUAUUAGAAGUCCCAGUUUGUUCUCAGAAGACCGCUUGACCGUCACAUAAAUAACAAGACAAAAUUUAGUUAGAAAAGACUUGAUCCUCAUCUCUCGUGAUCUAAUGAGACGAUCGGUUGUACUGCGAUUUUCAAGAACUUGCAUUUACAAAAUCGUACUAUUUUUUUUUUGCACAAUUUAAACAUUUCACUAAAUUGGUUUUCAUAAAAAACUAAAUUACCAAAUCAUUAAAAUGUUCAAAAACAAUUCUUCAUCGAAACAAACCCCCCUCCCCCCCAAAAAAUGUCUGUGGAUAUUUUCUUAGCAAAACACCCACAAAUUUGUGAGAAAUGUUAAAUUUACCAAAAUAAACUACAAACAUUCGAGACACUUUACGAGCACAAAACAUGUUCAUGAAAAACGUCACGAUCUGUUUGAGCUAGUGCGCUAGAUAACGCGUGGGCCUGAAAAGCUACGGAUCCCAGAACAGGGGGCGGGGUUAAAUGAAAUCGGCUUGUCAGAAUUCUCACGAUUUGAUGCGAGAUCGUUUUGAUGAAACACAAACAUCGCUCCACUCGUUUGCUCGGUGAGAUAAAGCCACACUCUGGAGAGAACCUUGUAUAGAAAUUAGAAUCGGAUGCUGUAGAAAGAUCCCAGUUGCCUUUGUGUAUAUCGACUGCCUGCUUUUGUGUGUGGAAAUUUUCUCUGUAAUCUUGUAGAGUGUUUUUUCCUCUUCUCUUUUUAUUUCUCUCACUCUUUCUCUUGCUCUCACUCUCUCUCUCUCUCUCUUUUCCCUGCCAUAAAUCUGGGUUCUACGGUUCUAUUGCGUGUGUAAACCUUCAUUUUUCGACGAGGUGUUUUACGAUUGCGUUCGACUUUGUGUAGUGAUUCACUCUGUGAAGUUUCUGACUGUUGUUAUAUAACUUCAUAUACACAAAAUGUUCAAUAAAAAUGUUUUAUUUCCUGUUGAUACGGAA